AAGAUAUGUUCGGUUCGGGUCCCAUCUUGCCAAUCAAGAAACCCAUAUUCUAAUAGUAGUAUAAGGAAAAAAAAAAUUAUUGAAAAUUAAAAAAGAGCACAAGAACUGCCCCUUUAAUCUUCCUCUUCUUCUCAGACGUGAUAGAUUGUUUCUGAUAAUUCAGCUGCUGACUGAUCUGAUUCCAGCUGGUAACUACAGACACAAGAAGAAAAUAAUAGGAGUAGAAGAUUAUGGCUGCUGUAAGGUUUUCACGUUUGAGAUCACUUGGUUCUCUUGGGAAAUUCCUGAACCCAGUUGAGAUCAGGCCCUCAUCUGGUUUUAUUGCUCGAAAUUACCACCGUGAAGAAUCUGGGAGUUUUAAGUCAAGUUGGUUUAGUAGUAGGUUUGGGAUAGAGAGUUUGGAUAAUAGUUAUGGUAGGGGAAUGAAGAGUGCAGGCGUAAUUGGGAUCAGACCCUCAUCUGCUUUUAUUACUCGAAAUUAUUGCAGUGAAGAAUUUCAAAGUGUUAAGUCAAGCUGGAUUAGUAAUAGAUUUGGGAUAGUGAGUUUGGAUAAUUGUUAUGACAGAGGAAUGAAGAGAGCAGGCGUAACUGGGUUUAAUCUGUCGAAUUCGAGCUUAAAAGGAAGUAUUCCGUUCAGUGGAAUUGCUCCAAGGAUGAAUUAUGGUAGGUCAUAUUCAUCUGGAGUUACUAGCCAUGAGGCUAAUCCGAGAGUUGCCUCUGCUAGUUCUGGUGGUGAUAAUGCCGGUGGUAGUGGUGGUGGUGGUAGUGGUAGUGGUAGUGGUGGUGGUGAUAGUGGUGGUUUGGGUGGAAGUGAUUGGACUCAGUACAUUGGACCAGCUUGGAAAAGUGCUGUGAUUAUUUCAAUUGUGUUGUUUGUCCAUCGAUGGAAGACCAAUGUGAUUGCUAAGAGUGGACUUGAUCAGGAAACAAAGUUGAUGUUGGACAGAGGGUCAUCUGUUUUGCUAGUUGUAUUUGGAUUCAUGGCACUUGCUGAGGCUUGGGGGGUGGCUCCACGCUCUAUUCUCACAAUAGGAGGCGUGGGAGGAUUAGCUGCUGCUUUUGCUACGAAAGACAUCUUCGGGAACAUUCUAAGCGGGUUAUGGAUGCAAUUUUUUUCACGACCAUUUUCUGUUGGAGAUACUAUUCGGGCUGGAUCUGUGGAAGGUCAAGUCAUGGAAAUGGGACUUACUACUACAACCUUACUGUCUACGGAGAAGUUUCCAGUUAUAGUGCCUAAUUCUGUGAUUUACGGCCAGGUAAUUGUGAAUAAAUCUCGUGCUAAAUGGCGAGCUUUCGAUACCAAAAUCCCUCUCCAAAAUGAGGACUUAAAAGUGAUUCCCAAGAUCGCAGAUGACAUAAAGGCAAUGCUGAGAUCAAAUCCAAAUGUCUUUUUGGAUAAGGAGGCCCCAUAUUGUUACUUAUCUAGAGUGGGAUCAUAUGCAGAAUUGAAUAUCGGGUGUAACAUGAAAAAUAUGGGCAAAGAGCAGCUCUUCUCUGCACAACAGGAUAUCCUUCUUCAGUCUGUUCAGAUAAUUAAGAGAUACGGCGCGACAAUCAGCAGCUAUCCUGAGAACUAACUAAUAACAGAUUAGUUUUACUGAGAAAACUUAGCAGUGAGCAGCGUCACCAGCACGAGCUCUUAACGCGGCUGCCUCCCCACCACCUUCAAUAGCCAUAGCUCUUCUCAAUGAGUCAGCUAUUGCGACUUUGGUAAAGGAUCCAUCUUCAUUUCUGUCGACUUCAACGGCUAAGCCCUUCUCAACCAGAUAACGCGAGUUAGUCCCUGAUCAACGAUAAAGGGUAACACAACAAGGCUAUGACCAUACUGCAAUUCAAUCACUGAAUCACAGAACCCCACCCUGCAUGAAACAAACAACCCCCAAUCGAAGGAUGGCCUAAAAUCUCCCUUUGUGGUGCCCAUCCUAUUUUAACCACCCCUUUCCCGGCAACCCUGGAUCUGAAAUCUGAAGGAAGAGCAUCAGUAUCACUAGGAUCAUCUGUAUUCGCCCAACUUGGUUUCUGCAGUACAUAAGAAUGUCACUUCUGAGAGCUCCAAUCCAAAAGCUAUCUCAUGGACUUGAUCCUUUCUGAGUUUGCAUUCGCUUCUGAACCCAACAAAUACCACUGAUCUUGGCUUCUGUUGAUCAAGCCAUUCAAAAAUGUUGUUCCAAGCAUCAUCCUGAAAAUCAGAGGUGUUUGCUAAGGUUGGUUUUCCUAUUCCAGGUGGAAGAAAACCUACAGAAAUUGCAGGCUUUCCAGAGAUCCUUUCUUGCAGUCUAAAGUAUUCGGGUUCAAAUUCCAGGCAUGAUCUUAUGGCUACAGCUUUACUUGCUUGCACAACUUUUGCUAUCCGUUGUGCAGUGGACAAACCUGAAACAUCUGCACUAUAAAAUCCACGGUGAACUCUCGCAGCUUCAUGCUUUCUAUAAGCAACUUUCGACUCGAAUUUCACCCACGGAGGCUUUGUCAUUAGGCUUUCUACAGAUGGCCGAGCAGCUUUCUGGCCUUCGCCGGUUAAAUAUUCCGGCCGGCCGAAAUACACUGCCGUGGCAGCUGAGAAAACAUAAAAGGCAAUGACAGGAACAUUCAUUUUUCCAGACCUGUUUCAGCUGCCCAACAAGUCCUUAUAUCCGAAAUGAUCCAAUCAGGUGACUUGUCUGCUAUGAAAUUUUUAAAGGGAUUUUUCAGGAGAUCAGUUGCUACGUUUAAGUACUGGAUUUUUUCAAAUGGGAUGUCUAUGGUAGCUUCAGCACCAUCAGGUAAUAGAUUAGAAUCCAUGGUUGGUAAUGGAAUUGCAACCAAAUCAAAUGAAGUUUGGAUCUCAGGAGGAAUUGUGGGGAGUCUUUUGGAUGUUUUCUUGGAGUGGAAACAAGUGAAACAUGAACUCCUGAGUUGGCCAAAGCAAUUGUGAGCUGGAAAAAUGGCAUCAAAUGGCCAAAUGCUGACCAGUGACCAUGGCACCAAAACUACAUGAACUUUAUCACCUUUCUUCAUUUUCUUCUUUCUGUGUUCUGUGAGAGUUUUUGGUUUUGCUUCCUUUUUUUCUUUUUUUAUCAGAGAUUUUUGCUUCGGUAUAGGUGUCCUUCUGUCCCUAUUUUGUAAUACUACAGUACUAGAUGUUAAACCCGCACGAUGUGCGGGGUUUAUACAUAUACAUCUCUUAAAAUAUAUUUUUAAAUUUUAAAUGUGAUUAAUAC